UGUCGCAGGACUGUAUUCAGAAGUGUAACGGAUGGUGUCAUGGGUGUGGACCUAUAAAUCUAGCAGAUCUCUGCUAUUCACAGCAGUCUGACUAGAGUUUAACGGUCUUCUACUUGACCUCAGCUACAGCAAGAAAGAUGAACAAAAUCAUUUUCGGGUUCUUUGCAGUCGUUCUGUAUUUUGCAGCAGGUCAGGCCCUGCAGUGUUAUGAGUGUAAACUGGGACUCGGGAGUCUUUGCUACACAACCAAAAAGACAUGUGAUGCUGGUCAGCAGUGCUUCAGUGGAUUAGGGAAGGCUGCUGGUUUUGUGGAUAUUAAGAUGAAAGGAUGUCUCGAAGUGUCCAAAUGCAAUACAACUGAACAGGUGAAUUUCCCGUCUGACUCAAGCACAAAGAUAUACCAGAUGACGAAGACGUGCUGUUCUACUGACCUGUGUAACUCGGCUCUGGGUCACUUCUCUGCUCUCAGCAUGGCCUUCACUACCACCACUUCUGUGUUCAUGGUCAAAUUCCUCAUUUGAGGAGGAUUAUUUCAUCUCUCUCACACACACACACACACACUUUUGUUUUUGUGAAUUGUGGGGAUAUUCCAUAGGCGUAAUGGUUUUUAUACUGCACAAACUGUAUUUUCUCUCCCCCUACACUACCCCUACCCCUAA